GUAGAUCGUACUGUCGGACGAGGCUUUGUUAGUUAGCAAGUAGGACUGGAGCCGGAUCAAUGCACUAACCAAGAAGAAAAUGAUCAUCUGUGGGAAAAAUAUGGACUUCCCCCUUGGAAACCAGUGCCAGCGACUCCAGACUCAGGUGGUGAAGGUGAGUUCAGAGAAGGAGCGCCCGCAGCUGCUGUUCGUGAAGGCGCUGGCCAGCAGGGGGCACCUGGACUCAGUCACCCAGCAGAUGGGCUACCACUCACAGUACCUGGAUAGCUUCCUGCGCACCCAGCACUACAUCCUGCACAUGGACGGGCCACUGCCCUUCCACUACCGCCACUACAUCGCCAUCAUGGCUGCAGCCCGUCAUCACUGCCGGUAUCUAGUCUCUCUGCACUCCGCCCAGUUCCUGCGAGUGGGCGGUGACCCCGCGUGGCUCCAGGGCCUGGACUCCGCCCCCCAGCGCCUGCGCAACCUCCAUGAGAUCAACAAGGUGCUGGCUCACCGGCCCUGGCUCGUCGCCCGGGAGCACAUCGAGUCCCUGCUGAAGAUCGGGGAGCAGUGCUGGUCAAUGGCAGAGCUGGUCCAGGCAGUGGUGUUACUGGCUCACUGCCACGCCCUGGCCAGCUUUGUGUUUGGGGUGGGGAUAGAGCAGGAACCCCCUGUCCCAGGGACCCCCGGGAACCCCAACCUCGGCAGCUACUGCUUCUGCGACACAGCCAAUGGCAACGCAGCCUGCACCCCAGAGAACCUGCGCUCCCACCGCCGCAGAUCCCUGGAUUCGAGCUGUGAGGCGGGAGCCCUGCGGGACAGGAUGCAGCGGCUGCAGGGGGAGAAGGAGCGACGAGGGGAGCGCAAGAUCACAGCGCAGGGGGACCAGGAGGAAGAUCUGGAGGAGAAGCCGCCCCGUCCCACUGACCUGUCCUGCUUCCUGUCGGACCCCGAGUUUAGAUACCAGGAGUUCACACGCCGCAAUGAGGACCACUUCCAGGUGUUCAGGGUCCAGGAUUACUCCUGGGAGGAUCACGGCUUCUCUCUGGUGAACCGGCUCUACUCGGACAUCGGCUACCUGCUGGACGAGCGCUUCCGGACAGUGACCAGCCUGCAGAACGGCCUCCUGGGAGAGGGGCAGAGCUCAGACCUGAAGAGAGCCAUCUGGAACUACAUCCACUGCAUGUUCGGCAUCAGCUAUGAUGACUAUGACUACGGAGAGGUGAACCACUUGCUAGAGAGGAGUCUGAAGCUGUACAUCAAGACCGUGACCUGCCACCCGGAGAAAACCAAACCCCAGCUUCUGCACUGCUGCUGGAAACAGCUGAAGCAGGCUGAGAAGGUCCAUGUGAACCUGCUCAUCAUGGAGGCCAGGAUGCAAGCAGAACUCCUGUAUGCACUUCGGGCAAUAACCCAACACAUGACUGCAUAGACUGGAGGGGGGGGGGGGGGUACGAUCAGAGAGAGCGAGUGUGCAGGAGAGUGAGAGCAGAGAGAAAGAGUGUGCAG